UCUAUCAACUUUCCAAAACAGAGGAGGCAGUCAAACAUUUAAUAGAACAAUAUUAUUUUCAUCAAAGUUGUAAUGAAAUGUUCCAAGAUUCUGUCAGACCUACUUUAGAAAGGUUCAUUAAAGCUAUAUUUUUGUCUUGGGUGUUUUGAGAUCGCUUUCAUAAGUCUUGUUCUUUUCCUCUUGAUACUUUCACCGAUUACGGUGGUAGUUGGGUGUGUUGGAAAAAGAAGCUCAACAACACGCGCCAUUGUCAACGACCACCUCACUUGGAGCAGUUGGAAUCUUUUCUUUGUCCAUCUCCCUUUCUCUCUCCAUCCACAUUUGCCAUUUUCACCAGGAACCUAGUCUUUCAUGCUAUCCCUAUCCCCUAUAUGUUUUCACAUUACUUCCCUUGGUCUCAAGUUAUUUGAGUGAUGGACUGCUAGAACUUCAUAUUAAACCAAUAAUGGUUCCUGAGAAUUUUUGCAGUGACCAAUCUUCUUACUUGUUAAGCUUCCUCAGAAAGAAGCUCCGGCACUUCUGCACAAGGAUACGGCGGCUGAUAUGGAAGCGCCCCCGGCCAAAAGUUAUCAUCAAGAGGCUUGGAAAGUUGAACUCUAAACUUCAGUCUAAAGAGCAACAGGGCACCAAUAAAUCUUCAAUUCGUAUAAAUGGCCAAUUGGGUCGUUCUGCAUCAGAAAGGCCGAUUCGAGCUGCCACAUUCAACGUUGCCAUGUUCUCCCUGGCACCUGCUGUUCCAAAGGCUGAAAAACGAGCUACCUUUAAUCAUGAAGAGGAAGAUUAUAGGAAUACUCGUCCCAAGAGUAUAUUGAAGCAGUCUCCCAUACGUACCACGAUGUGUAGUCCUGAACAUGUCUCUAAGCAGAAGACGCUUUCAAGAUUAAAGUUAAAGGUUUCUAUCAAUCUUCCUGAUAAUGAGAUCUCAUUAGCAAAUACUAAGCUGCUUAGUUCUAUGGAAGGUGAUGAGAAAGAGGAAUCAUCAAACAUGACUUCUAGAAGAGUCCAUAGAAGUGGAGUUCCAGUGAGGUCUCCUGUGUGCUUUCCUUCCAGUAUGAUUAUCAGUCAAAGUACUGAUGAUUACUUGGGAAGCGGCAGAAGCAUCCUGGAAGUACUCAAAGAGGUGGAUGCUGAUAUAUUGGCCUUGCAAGAUGUGAAGGCAGAGGAAGGGAAAGGCAUGGGGCCUCUAUCUGAUUUGGCAGGUGCCUUGGGGAUGAAAUAUGUCUUUGCUGAGAGCUGGGCUCCAGAAUAUGGUAAUGCCGUCCUAUCAAAAUGGCCAAUUAAGAGGUGGCAAGUCCAGAAGAUUGCUAAUGAUGAUGAUUUCAGGAACUUGCUAAAGGUGACAAUUGAAGUGCCGUGGACUGGAGAAGUUGACUUCUACUGCACCCAACUCGAUCAUUUAGAUGAGAACUGGAGGAUGAAGCAAAUGAACGCAAUAAUUCAAUCAACUGAUCGCCCCCACAUACUGGCAGGGGGUCUUAAUUCUCUCGAUGUAUCAGAUUACUCAUCAGAGAGAUGGACAGACAUUGUCAAGUAUUAUGAGAAGAUAGGAAAGCCUACGCCAAAGGUAGAGGGGAUGAAGUUUUUGAAGGGGAAAGGCUAUAAAGAUGCAAAGGACUUUGCAGGUGAAUGUGAGCCGGUGGUCAUCCUUGCCAAAGGCCAAAAUGGAACAGAUGUUCAGGGGACAUGCAAGUACGGAACGAGAGUGGAUUACAUUUUGGCAUCAGCAGAUUCAGCGUACAAGUAUGUUCCGGGUUCAUACUCGGUGAUUUCAUCCAAAGGGACUUCUGAUCACCACAUUGUGAAGGUUGAAAUCAAGAAAGUAGCUGAGAGUGCUCAAGAGAUUGCCAUUAGACAGCAGAGGAAGAUUAAACAGAAGGUUGUAAGAAUCUCAAACCACUGUUAUUCAAGAGGUAUUUGGCAAAUCUAAUUAAUUUUAGUCUUUAUCAUCAGUGUGUAUGUAAAUAAUUAAUUAUUACAUUUUCCGAAACUUAUUAUUUGUAGUUUGAGAUUAUGAAUAAGAGUUGAUGGUAAUGAAAUAUAUUGUAAAAGUCUAUGGGUCUUAUUCGUUCUCAAUAGACGCAUUGAGAGAGGAUGAGUGUCUAUGGCUUAUAAAGUGUCAAUGUCAUGUAUCUCGUGACAAUGUGAAACACUUUAACAUAUAUUGUAAUAUGAAGUGUGUCUAAUUGAUUGAUUUUUAGUCA